AUGUCGCACUGGGAGCGGCUCCUCCUGUCUUCCUUGAGCGGGGGUGAACCAGUCAAUUCCUGGCCACCAGGGUUUGGAGAUGUUGCGAGACCUCUGGCAUCGCCUAGACACACCCAAAACAAGAAUCGAUCCCUCGUUUCCUCAGCAUCGUCGUCAGUCGCAAGUACCGCCUCCAGGGUGAGGAAGCGACGACCGUCGGUGCUGGGUGGCGGCUUCUCUACGGCCGGAUCAUGUGCAGCAUCGUCCCCAAAUAGCAUCCAAGGUUCCUGGAUCGAGGAUGACACAGACCCGAAAGCUGGACCCUGCUGGCAGCAGCGAGAUGCCGAUCGUGUGGGCCACCCUGCAACAAGGAAAGGAUCAAGAUCAGACGGCCACGAAGACGACGAUGACGACGACGACGACGACGAAGAGGAGGGGGAAGACCACGACAAGAAGACCGAAAGCACCGAGAUCACUGUGGUCGGGUGGGGAGAUCGCAGUAGCAGGCGUAACUCGUCACGGCGUGCCUCUCGAGAAGAGACGGCAGAAUGGAACGAUGGCCGACCUCGAAGGUUGUCUAGCAAGGGCGUGGUGCUUGCUACAGCUACCGCUACUGCUAACUCGCGGCAGCGACAGCACCAGCAGUAUGACGGCACAGCAAACGAGACCCACCAAGUGGAAGCUGGUGUACGCAACAAAGUCAAAACUCUCGGAGGAGCGGCAACCAGCAUCGGGACUGCAAUUGCGUACGUCGGCAACGGCAGCGACGACGGGUCGGGGGUGUCGAUCAGUGUGGAGCGCGCCACUGAAAUCGUCACAAUCCCGACAAUCACGCCUCCCCCCUUUCGCGGAUGGCAACAAGCCGCCCCCAACGCCGCCGCCGCCGCCGCAACAAGCAUACACAGCGUCGCACAACCGUCUCCCACUCGUGAAACACCCGGAAUCGUAACCCUCAAAGUCUCCUCCCAAUCACCGGCGUCAAAGUCGGCGGGGGAGGGGGUAUCAGCCAAGUCUGCCAUGACGCCGACCAGGAUGGGUCUGGCCGCAUCGGCGCCGAACCUGCCAACCCUGGGCUCGAUGAACAACGAAAGCGAUCAACGUAGCAGCGGAAGUGUCUCUCGAUUUCCGCAGGUGUUGCCACGGCAACGGUGGCGUCAGGAAGGGCGGGGUGCUUCUGUGAGACACCGGGCAGGGCUUGCGGUCGCGGCGGGAGGAGGGCUGGAGGGAUGCGGCGUCCUCCAGGACGGAAGGGGGCAAAAAGUGUUCCACAACUUCGUGUUCCGCCGCAACAAGCGCCGCAAAGACCGAAAACCGUUACGCGACACCCUGGCGUCUCUCGACGACAACGCAACAGACUACCAAGCGGUGGCUUCGGCGGGAGGCAUAAGUGGAAGAAGGGCUGCGGGAAGGAGGUGUGGGGGCCAUAGCAGCAGCAGCUGCAGCGGCAGCAGCGUGGAGAUGACGGAGUCAUCGCUGCGUCGUCGGCAGAACUGGGAAUCGCACCCUUCGGGAGAUUGGGACAGACCCGAGCGCCCGGGGCAGAUGAACCGAACGCGCCCGCCCCCGCGGAUGCCGCGCGACGCCUUCUCCGUCGUAAGCUUCAGUUCUUCCGGCUCCGCUCGCUCUCCUUGUUCUUCGCCGCCGGCGAAUGGCCAGCGGGUCGGCGGUGGCCCGUGCUCCAGCGGCGUAGGAAGGAGGCCUGUGAAGUGCCAGAGGUGCGGGUCGGGCAGGGUGAAGCUCUUUGCGACGACGGUUGCAUCAGCACGCCGCUCGCCGACCCACUUGCUUCGUCAACCGCACAGUGGUGCCAGCAGCGACAGCUUUUGUGCAAGGGCCCGACAUACGCGGGAGAAUGCUGGCGGCGGCGGCGGUAGUCGAAACGGCGGCAUUCCGACUUAUUGCGAUGCCGGUAGCGGUAGCAGGAGCAGCACAGAUCGGCUUCGGCUAGGACCGGUGAGCAAUCGCCACAAGCAGCAGAGAAACACCCAUUUGGUAACGUCGAUGUUGUCUCCAUGGCGCAAGAACCUCGCGGGGUUGAGCGACACCGGCCGAAUCGGCACGGGAGGGGAAUUACUUGGGGAGCUCCGCGGAGGCGAGAGGAACGCGGCGAACCGUCCGCGCGGGUUGAUAGAUGGUGCGGCGGUAGUGGGCAGCAGGAAGGCAUCGGUCAGACCACCUCCCGGCGGCGGUAUCAUCAUCCCAGCACCGAAACCACACCUCAUGACGCGGGUCUCAAGCGGAGGAUCAGGGCUCUGA